AUGUCGGCCUGUCUUUCACCAGAGCUGUUUGACUACUCCACUGCCCAUGCAAGCACUUUUGAACUAUCUAACUUAUUGGGCACUCAAUUCAUCGAUGCCUACGUGGGACUCAUAGCAAACCAGAAGCUCCAAACUGAACUAUACAUUCUGGCCUACUUGCUCAAAGAUCGAGUUUAUACUGGCGAUCUUUGGGAACUGAUUGGGGAGCGCAGUAUAGAGGCGAAGCAGGAGGAAAGCUUACGCCGACACCAGAUCACCUGUGGGGGUGUGAAUGAGGGAAGGCAUGUGAUUGUAGAGCGAUUUCUCAUGGAAGAGAGGAAGAAACGGUGUCAAAUGGAGGUGUCUUUGUACUCCCAGGCUAUCGAAAACUUGGAACAACUCCGCAUGCAUAACAUAUAUUGGAGUUCUAUCCAAGCACAAUAUCAGGACCCCCUCAGCAACCUUGAAGCAUGCAACUGCACAUUUACCCUGCGCACCAUUACCCUGCGCACCUUUGGCCUGCUGGAUUGCUACACAAGAGAUCAUAUUGGCCCUCCAUCACUCCUGCUCAGUACAUGGAUCACCGCUGACGUCCAAGAUACCUUUUUCAAGGCAUUCCAAACUGAGCUGGACAUGCAGUCAGACCUGAUGACGAAAUCUCUUGUUGCGAGGCGUAGCAACGCCUAUUUACGCAAUCUUGGGCUGGAUCUACUCAUCCUGCAAGCCAAGAGGCAUCGCGCCCACGCUGAGAUAGAGCUAUAUACAUUAGCUAUUGAAAAUACACACGCAUUUAACUGUGACCAUAGUUCACAAACAUCCUGGGAUCAAAUCAUCCCACGACAUAUACUUCCCAGGAAUCGCUGGGAAGCGCUAGUCCCCGAUUUCAAGCUUCAAUGUUUCAACGUUCAACGUUGCAACUUCGAAGUUCAAGAAAUGACGAUAGAUCAAUUGGUAGCAAACAUCAGAGAAACAUACAUUGACAGAAAACAGACCAAGCAGACUCCUCAAGUUCUAACAGCAAUUAACGUCCUGCAACUGAUCAUCCGCCAGGCACCGAAUCUGAAAUAUUUGAACAUCACACGUGCAUUUUUUACCAAAGACGCCGGGAUACAGACCCUGGUUAGAGUUUUGGAAUUGUGGCGCAGAUACUUCCACGCCAUUCCGGAAAAUGCCGGAGAUAUACUUUCAUCCAAAUCGGGACAGGCUCUUAGACGCGAGAAGUCAAAGCAACGAAACAUGAACAAUAACGCUAAUGAUAAUGGAGGAGACGGUAAUCAAAAUGGAGGAGAUGGCAAUCAAAAUGGGAACCGCGAUCACCAGAUUCCUGAACGCGAUUUGCAAAUCAUACCAAGGCCUCGCAAUGUGCAGUUCACGCUGACGGAAGGACAACACGAACUUAUGUACGUUACAUGGGCCGGCGCACGACUCCGUGUGCGCCAACAACUGUAUCACCCCGACUUGCCAAUUCAGCCCCAUCCUCAGCCUCUGCACUGGUCAGAAGAAAUGCGCGCGAUGCUGGUGCUCUGGAUUGCUAGGGAGCGCCGAAUUUUCGAGAUGGAGAUGCGAGAAUUAGAAUACCUUCUGGGACUUAGAGAUUCCGAGGAUUCCAGUGUAUCAGUGGACGACACGCGAGAAUGGGAUCAGAAGCCAUUUCCAGUGGACUCGAUAUCUUGGGCAAGAUCCCAGUCGAGCGAUAUGUCUGGACCAACGAGCCAUGUAGCUGCCAUCGUUGAGUGCGAUACAGGUGCACCCGUUGAUAGUGCUCAAGCUCAAAUGAAUUUUCAUGAGCCUGAUUCGCAUGCAAAGUACAAAUUGUGUCAGUGCAAUGAUGUGAUGGAGAUGUAG